AUGCGAUUUUUCCCGACACUUCUUUGCACUCUGUUUGCAAGCCAAUCCUUUGCUGCAGCCAUAGUUAAUCCUCUCAAAACCUCAGCUGCCGAGGCCAGCGGUGUCUCACCUGGGGAAGGAUCACUUUUGACUGACACUUCAGCUGAUGUAGUCAAAGGGAUCGUGAACGGCAAUGAGAUACAGGAGCACCCACGGAGUGUCCAGCCAGAUUUAGUACAUAAGAGGGCUGAUAAAGGCUCUAAACUGUACCUUGCUGUCUAUAGACACCUCAACCUUGCCGAUACCCCUGAAACUUGGAGUCUUAUCGUAGGGCCCCAGGACGAAACCCCAACAAGCGUUGGUUGGCGAUAUCGCACCGUGCGUCAGCGUAUGGGUUUUCAUAAAUACAUGAAGAAACAAAUCACCAUGGACAAGUCUGCUGAUAUGGUCGGACGGUUGUUACUAGGAGAAGUUCAAGAUACAGCUGAGCUAGAAAAGCUUUUGCAAUCAGUGCGAGUUGUGGCAGGGAUUUCCGAGCUGAAGGGUGCCACUGAACAUGAGAUAAACGCCGGAUUUGACUCUAGAACAUGGGUCCGAUAUGCUUUGAAGAAGUUGGAGGGAUCCCGUAACAUCAUGGGGGGCAACAGCAGCAUAAACCUCGAGGAAACCCUGUUCGCUUUGCUUUUCUGGCUUGAGGAAUUGAGCAGGAAGAACCCGAAUGGAAAGUUAGACGCAAUGAUUCGGCAAGAAGGGGGAUAUCCAGCGACUUUCGACUUCAAAUUCUACACGCAAUUGAGCACACCCGCUACUUGGAAUCAGAAUGGACAGCCCGGUGGACAGCCCGGUGUGCGACCAAGUGGACAGAGAGGAGGGCGGGUUCAAUAA